CCCUCUCGCCGAUCUCAAUCAGGAGAGAAGCUCGCGUCUUAGUUGGGAUAGAACCUCUUUUCAUUGUGGGUCUAUCACAAUUUCCUGACUACACAAGAUGGGGAAAAGUCAGUUUAUUGCUCAGACCAAGUUUGCUUGGGCGUGUUUGGUCAUUCAAGUGGUGGUUGGCAUCCUAUUCUUUCUCUUGGUUCGAUAUGACGACUCUGCGGAUGCCACUCAUACGCCGAAUCGACUAGGACAUAACGGACAUAACGAGAAACUCCAGGAGGCCAUCGAAAAAUAUCCGAUGAUCGUGGACAUUCACAUGAUGCUGUUUGCUGGAUUCGGGUUUCUGAUGACUUUCCUAAAACGCUACGGAUUCUCAGCUAUCGGCUUUACCAUGAUGAUCACUGUCCUCGUCACCGAAUGGGCAAUACUCGUUCAAGGGUUUCUUCACAUGGACGACCAUUUUACCAUCAAAAUAUCUUACAUCCACAUUCUAGAAGGAGGUUUAGCCGCAGCGGCCGUCCUGAUCUCCUUUGGGGCAGUUUUGGGCAAGCUCAACCCAUUGCAAUUAAUCACCAUGUGCUUGAUCGAAGGGGCCUUGUUCGUCUUGAACGCUUACCUUGGAUACAUCGUCCUCGGGGCCGUCGAUGUUGGAGGCGCCAUUUUUAUCCACACAUUUGGAGCUUACUUUGGGUUGGCCGUUAGUCUGAUGGCCAGGAAACGAGAUGUGGCCAAGUCCGAGCGUCGGGAAGGUUCCACGGCCACGACUGAUCUCUUUGCCAUGCUGGGGACGGUGAUCCUUUGGGUGUAUUGGCCGAGCUUCAACGCUGUUCUGGCCUCACAUGAUGCAUUGCAUCGGGCAUAUAUCAACACUUACAUCUCCUUGAUAGCAUCUACCAUGAUCACUUUUGUAGUGUCAGCAUUUUUUGGCGAAGGAAAACGUUUGGACAUGGUUGACAUUCAAAACGCCACCUUAUCAGGGGGUGUGGCUGUGGGCGCCAUUGCUGAUUUGAUGAUCAACCCAUAUGGAGCGUUCCUUGCCGGGACCUUGGUGGGAUUGGUGUCCUCUCUUGGAUACAGAAUCCUUCAGGGUAAACUGUUCGAUAAACUAAAGCUCCACGACACUUGUGGUGUUCACAAUCUACAUGGAUUACCGGGCUUUCUUAGUGGCAUCUUUUCUAUAAUGGCGGUGGGUCUGGCUUCGGAAGACUCUUACGGACCAAGCUUGUAUUCGAUGUUCCCAAGAUGCGCUCCAGUGGAAGGGUCGGAUGAAAUGAAACGGUUACUCAGGGAGUUGCCUAGUCUGGAACCUGGGGAAGGAAGGCCCAUUUCCGUUCAAGCCAUGAUUCAGCUCGCUUGUCUGGGAGUCACGGUCAUUUUGGCAAUUGUUAUGGGAUUGAUGACAGGAUUGGUCUUGAACAUUGACUCUAUAUUUCACCCUCUCAAUGACGAAGAACUCUAUGAUGACAUUCAUUACUGGGCUCUGCCCGAUGAAGAAGAUGACACUCAUGGCGUUCCUUCCCAAAAAGGCGGACAACCGAAAUCUGAUUCAUCUUCGUUUGAUUUGGACCCCAUCGGUGUGCCAGGAACCCACAACGCCGUCUAUCCUUCUAAACAGAUCGUAUAGAAACUUUUCCUCUUCAAGAGCAAAACUAACAGCUUUUGUUCUGGAUCCCUAUGACGUCAUAGAAGACUCCAGACGGCUGGAAACUUGGCCCAAACGAACCAACCAUUGGCGGAAUUUUGCUCUAAAUCGAAUACUAACUGUGACAAUCUUUUACGAAAUAUAACAGUGGGUCUUCUCUUUUA